ACACACGUGUGCGCUCCUCUGCUCCGGAGCUGCUGCGGCUCCUGCUCUCGGCGCCGCCGUGGAAGGCAGGGCCGCGCCGCUGCGUCCUCCGAUCUAUAAACUGGAGGCGGCCUCGGCGGCCCCCUGACAGCGCUCCCCGCGCCCCUCCCGCCGGCGCGCCCGCCGCCAGCCCCGGGGCCUUUUCAUCUUCCCUUUUGGCCGGAGGAGCCGAGUUCAGAUCCGCCACUCCGCACCCGAAACUGACACACUGAACUCCGUUGCCUCCUCCUAAAUUUAUUUCUGCCUAAUAGCCACUCGUCUCUUUUUUUUCCCCCGGUCUCGUCGCUCCAAGAAAACUUUUGCUGACUCCCCCAAGUGAGGGUUCCCCCUGCCCAUCGCAUAUUAAUAUUUCCACUUGGGCAACGACUCGCUUUUUCUUUUGAAAGGAAUUCAGGCAAGAUACCUUUUUCUUUCGGACAUUGACUCUCGAUUGUUUGCAAAAGUUUCGCAUUAAAAAAAAAAAUCUACCCGACCGGUACUUUGAGAGUUGUUGUUGGUUUUUUUUUUUUCUCUUGCAUUUUUUUUUUUUUUACUUUUUAAAAAAUUUUUUUUCCACCUUUAAAAAAAAAAAUGCACUACUGUGUGCUGAGCGCUUUUCUACUCCUGCAUCUGGUCACGGUCGCGCUCAGCCUGUCUACCUGCAGCACGCUCGACAUGGACCAGUUCAUGCGCAAGAGGAUCGAGGCGAUCCGCGGGCAGAUCCUGAGCAAGCUGAAGCUCACCAGCCCCCCAGAAGACUACCCCGAACCCGAGGAGGUCCCCCCGGAGGUGAUUUCCAUCUACAACAGCACCAGGGACUUGCUCCAGGAGAAGGCGAGCCGGAGGGCGGCCGCCUGCGAGCGCGAGCGCAGCGACGAGGAAUACUACGCCAAGGAGGUUUACAAAAUCGACAUGCCGCCCUUCUUCCCCUCGGAAACUGUCUGCCCAGUUGUUACAACACCCUCUGGCUCAGUGGGCAGCUUGUGCUCCAGACAGUCCCAGGUGCUCUGUGGGUACCUUGAUGCCAUCCCGCCCACUUUCUACAGACCCUACUUCAGAAUUGUCCGAUUUGACGUCUCAGCGAUGGAGAAGAAUGCUUCCAAUUUGGUGAAGGCAGAGUUCAGAGUCUUUCGUUUACAAAACCCAAAAGCCAGAGUGGCUGAACAACGGAUCGAACUGUAUCAGAUUCUCAAAUCCAAAGAUUUAACGUCUCCAACCCAGCGCUACAUCGACAGCAAAGUCGUGAAAACGAGAGCAGAAGGCGAAUGGCUCUCCUUCGACGUAACGGACGCGGUUCACGAAUGGCUCCACCAUAAAGACAGGAACCUGGGAUUUAAGAUAAGCUUACACUGUCCCUGCUGCACCUUUGUACCGUCCAACAAUUACAUCAUCCCCAAUAAAAGUGAGGAACUAGAAGCGCGAUUUGCAGGUAUUGAUGGCACCUCCACAUAUACCAGUGGUGAUCAGAAAACUAUAAAGUCCACUAGGAAAAAAAACAGUGGGAAGACCCCACAUCUCCUGCUAAUGUUGUUGCCCUCCUACAGACUUGAGUCACAACAGUCCAACCGGCGGAAGAAGCGUGCUUUGGAUGCAGCCUAUUGCUUUAGAAAUGUGCAGGAUAAUUGCUGCCUGCGUCCACUUUACAUUGAUUUCAAGAGGGAUCUUGGGUGGAAAUGGAUACAUGAGCCUAAAGGGUACAAUGCCAACUUCUGUGCCGGGGCGUGCCCGUACCUGUGGAGCUCUGACACCCAGCAUAGCAGGGUUCUCAGCUUAUAUAACACCAUAAACCCAGAAGCUUCUGCUUCCCCUUGCUGCGUGUCCCAGGAUUUAGAACCGCUCACUAUCCUCUACUACAUCGGCAAAACGCCCAAGAUCGAGCAGCUUUCUAACAUGAUCGUCAAGUCUUGCAAAUGCAGCUAAGAUCCUUGGACAAGUGACAAGCCGAUAAUCACACGAUGAUGAUGUUGAUGAUGGCGACGGCAGUGGCAACAUGUGUAACAAGAAAAUACAAGAAAGCCUUGCUUCAUCCGUGUUAAAAAUUUUUUUUAUUUUGAAAAAGCGGUACUAGUUCAAACACUUGGGAAGUUUGCAUUCUGUUUGUUCAAACCGGCGUCUGGCACAAAACAAACCAACCAACAAAGUUGAAGGCUUUAUUCUAUACUUUACCUGCUCUGUAAGUGAAAGAGACAAGAAGCAAAACCUUUUUUUUUUUUUUUUUAAGAAAAAAAAAUAAACACUGGAAGAAUUUGUUAGUGUUAAUUAUGUGAAAGAAAAAAACAAAACAAAACAGGAAAAUCCCGUUAAGUGGAGUUGCUGUACAUACCGUUUUUAUCCCACGCCUCACUUGAUCUUUCUUUAUCGCUAUGCAGUGGGCACCCUUCUGAUUCUUAGAGUUAACAGUGAGUUAUUUAUUGUGUGUUACUAUAUAAUGAACAUUUCAUUGCCCUUGGAAAAUAAAACAGGUGUAUAAAGUGGAGACCAAAUACUUUGCCAGAAACUCAUGGAUGGCUUAAGGAACUUGAACUCAAUCGAGCCAGAAAAAAGAAAAAAAAAGAAAAAAAAAAGAAAAAGAGGUCAUAUGAACGAGAUGAAAAAUGCAAGGGAGAUAUUAUAUGACCAUGCAAGUCUGCAUUCAGAGAAAGAGCCUGCAAACACACGCUAUGUACCAGCUGCCCGAGGAAGCUUCUUGUAAGGUUCAAAACUGAAAAGCCUGUUAAUAAAGGAAACGUUCAGUCAGAAUAAGUCUGUAAGAUUUUUUUUUUCUUUUUAAUUGUAAAUGGUUCCUUGUCAGUUUAGUAAACCAGUGAAAUGUUGAAAUAUCUUGAUACGUUUUGUACUGGCCAAACUUCAGACCUUAAAGUACGGCUGACUAGCUCUGCUCUAGGUUUUCCUCCUUUUCUGUGUAUGUAACCAUACCUAUAUUAUUACAGUAGAUGGGUCUAGAAGCCAGUCUAAUUGGAAACACAUCUGCAGAUCUCUUUGGAAAACUAUUAAAUCAAAACAUGAACUACUUUAUGUGUAAUGUGUAAAUUUUUACCAUAUUUUGAAUGUUCUCUACUAAUGUCAACUCUGAUUUAGAAUGGGCUUAAAUUUGGGCUCUUUUUAAUGAUUGCUCAGAACUGUGUGUUUCCUUUAGCUGGCCAGUACUUUUGAGCAAAGCCCCUAUAUUUCGACUUGCACUACAAAUACAUGUUCCAUGGUGUUUUCUCCACUUGCGCUUUUGCAAUGUCCAUUAUUAUGACAUAAGCUACCUGAGUCCACACUUGGUGUUGUUUUUUUUUUCUUUUAUAAAAAGAGGUAGUUUUCCUUCAUCUUCUAAGCAUCAUUACUAAUCAGUUGAGACAAUAACCAUCUUCUCUUUUAGGAAAAUUGGGGAUUAUAGAUAUAUAGAUAAUUGAGGUGAAAUGUUUUAGUUUUAGCAAGGGCUUAAGGAUCUGACUGGAACUCAGCACCCUGGUGACUGGGGUUAAGAAAGGUUCCCCCACUUGGUUUAAUCAGUAUUUUCACAGCAUUCUACUGUUACAAAAGAGCAGACAGUUCAUUGGAAACAUCUUUUUCUCUAGUGGAGUUUUUAGUGUUUGGGGGAAAUGGAAAGAUGUACGUUUUGGUUGGUUUUGUUUUUUUUUUGUUUGUUUGUUUGUUUUUAAGGAAGGAAAAAAGCCCAGGUCAGCAUCAGUCAUUUAGUUUAUUUCACUGACGUUAAGGUUUUUAUGGAUGUUCUUUGAAAGUUGAAAAGGCCAAAGGCCAAUUUUCCCAUGAUCAAAAAGCUCUUUCCUCUGAAUGAGGGUUAUCAAAUCAGAGGCUAGAAUUGAUGGUGUUAAAAACACAUGGGUGGCCAUAUUUUUGUAGAGGAGGUGACCUUAUGUCAGGGUUUGUAGGAUGUGUCCGUUUGUCAGUUGUCUCUUAUUUAGCUUUAGGCUAAAAAAAAAUAAUCAUUAAGACAAUGGAGUAUUUGCAGUUUUACCUAAAGAGCAGCACAGUGAAGUGUGAGUGCAGAGUGAAGUUGUUUGAUAAGUAGACUUCUUUUUUUUUUUGAAAUUUCCUGUCCAUAAUUAAAGUGACAAAUUGGAUUUGUUUGAAAACUGGAAAAGCCAGAGAUGUGUUGCCAGGAUAACAAACGACCCUUGGGUUGGAUGUAACCCAAUCCCAGAUUUGAGUGUGUUGACUUUUUUUUUUUUCCUCUUCCACUUUUCUCUGAAUUCUAUGUAAAUCACUUUUAUUUCUGCCGUAUUUUCCUCUCAGAUAGAAUGACAUUUUGUUUUGUAUUAUUUUGUCUUUCCUCAUGAAUGCACUGAUAAUAUUUUAAAUGCUCUAUUUUAAGAUCUCUUGAAUCUUUUUUUUUUUUUUUUUUUUUUAGUUUGGGGGUUCUAGAAGGUCUUUAUUUCCCAUAAGUAAAUAUUGCCUUGGGAGGGGAGGGAAAUGGGAGGGAAUAGGGGAAAAUGUUAGUAUGCGGGUGGGGUGGGGCCUCGGUUUUUAUGUGUUAAACAGCAGUACAAUUUUAUGGUUGGCAUGACUUUUUUUUUUUUUUUUUUUGAAAAAUGGAACCUAAGAAUAGCUGUUUUGUAUUUUGAUGACCGAUUUCGCUGUAUUUUAACACGAUGUAUGUCUGUUUUUGUGGUGCUCUAGUGGUAAAUAAAUUAUUUCAAUUCUA